AUGGCUUCUGGCUCUGACGAUAUUCUUCACAUGAUGGACGAAAGAUCAGCACGAAGUAAUCGGGGUCGUAAAACGGUGAGCCGAGGUCUUCUUCGCACAACUGAACAGACAGAAGUAGAAGCCAACCCUCCUGCGGCAUUAAGUAAGGCCAAUCUAUGA